CUUCCAGCUCUGCAGUUCUAAGGAUCGAGUCCAUUAUUUGCUCACAAGCGAAGACUGCAAGCGAGGGAAGAGGUAACUGUCCGAAUUCCCCCUUCCUGACGCCUCAGUGCCUGUGGAUCAUUAACGAAGAAAAAACAUCAACCGAGAAGCUGGACUUAAAUUCAAAAUUCCUUUACUCUACUCUGAGCUUUGCUAUCCAUUAUAGCACUGAAGAAUCCAGGUGUCAAAGAUGGCUAUGGAUCCCAGGAGCUGGCCUGUUUUAGUGUUCACAGUGCAGUUGGUGUUCAUCUUUGCAGCUGCAGGAUCUGGAGAAAUGAGAAAUCAAGGAUGCACUGAUUUCCAAUCUGCAAGCUUUCUGAGGGGUACCAAUCUCAGAGUCCAGUUUCUUCUGUUCUCUUCUCUGAAUCCCAGCUGUGGAGAGUUGCUUUCAAUCAGCGGGGACAUCCAGAACUCUAGCUUCAAUGCUAGUUUGGGAACCAAAAUAAUCAUCCAUGGCUUCAGAGCACUUGGUACAAAGCCCUCUUGGAUAAAUAGGCUAAUUGAGACUUUGCUACGGGCGGCCCAAGCCAAUGUGAUAGCUGUUGACUGGGUUCAUGGAGCCACAGCAGCUUAUCCGAUUGCUGUGGGAAAUGUUAUGAAGCUGGGACUGGAAAUAUCCAGUUUUAUCCGUAAGUUGCAGGCAUUAGGCGUGGCGGAGGCAUCCAUCCACAUUAUUGGCGUGAGUCUCGGAGCACAUGUCGCAGGCCUGGUGGGCCGUUUCUAUGAAGGCCGCCUGGGAAGGAUUACUGGUUUGGAUCCUGCCGGGCCCAAAUUCACCCGAGCCAGUCGUGAGGAACGCCUAGAUCCCGGGGAUGCUCUCUUUGUGGAAGCCAUCCAUACAGAUUCAGAUAAUUUUGGUAUCCGAAUACCUGUGGGCCACAUUGACUACUACAUCAAUGGAGGCAAAGAUCAGCCUGGAUGUCCUCGUUUCAUAUCAUCUGGCUACAGUUAUCUCAUCUGUGAUCACAUGAGGGCUGUGCAUUUCUACAUCAGUGCCUUGCAGGACUCCUGCCCCAUGAUGGCGUUUCCUUGUUCCAGUUACCAAGAUUUCUUAGCUGGCCACUGCUUAGACUGCCUUAAUACUUUUCAGCAGUCCUGUCCUACAAUCGGACUGUUAAACAAUGGAGGAGUCAACAUGGAAAAAAUGCCUGCAGAGGUAAAGGUUUACCUGGCCACUGCUGCAUCAGCACCUUACUGUGUGUACCAUAGUCUGGUGGAAUUUCAUUUACAGCAGAGAACAACUUCAGAUGUCAACAUUGAGAUAACCUUCCUUAGCGGCAACUCUUCAUAUAAGACUAGCGUCAUCAUACCGAAGCAUCAGACGCUGGGGAAAGCCUUGUUGACUCACUCUGUCCCCCUCUGCAAGGUGGAUGAAGUGAUGCUGCGGUAUCGUCCCAAGACCUGGCAAAGGAACAAAGAGGAUCUCCCCAUCUCUGUCCGGUUCUGUACUGCUUCGUUGCCUGUCGAUAAGAGGAAGAUGUUCUGUUUAUCUCAGAUCCUGAACCUGCCAAAAAACAGCCCCCUUUCCCAUGACCUUGCCAUAGCUUGUGAUCAUCACAACUUUACUUAAUGGAUACAAAACAAGAGCAGGGCCCUAACAUCAAAGACGGUCAAAAAUCAAAAGUACUGCACUGAAACUGAUGGGAAUUCACGUUUUCUGAGCUGAAGACAAAGAAGGGGCUCAAAGAAGCAGCAAAUGUUUUUGAAUCACCAUUGAAAUUUAGAAUGUUUAUUUUUAAGUAAAGCUCGUCAAUUAGGCGACUGUGGACGAGACAGAAGCAACAUGUAUACAGUGGUAGGAUUAUGUAUUAUGUGCAUUCAGUCUCCAAGGUCUAGGAAGUGGGUACAUUCUGCUGGUUAAGGUUGGCAGCAAAUACUGGCUGGUGUGCACAGUGCUGAUGUCGUGCCCCCAGAUAUUACCAAAUUCCCUCUUGCAAACUCCCCAGAGUGAAUUUGCAGUUUCAAAACCUUUCUCUUUUCAAAUCUGGUGAUGCAAUGCAUGAUGAAAAUUAAAAAUUAGCUGACAGCUGAGUCAGCAUUUAGUUUGCCACUGUGCGCAUCUUGUUAUUUCUGUUGCGUAAGGCAGCAUAGAAAUAGGUUCAUGGAUGUUGUUAGAGCUCCCUUAAAAAAAAAAAAGCUGUGUCUGUCUUCAACAUGUAGCCACCACUCAGCUACAGGAAAAAAACCCAAAGUCUAUUGGUAAUAACAUAAUCAUUCUAUACAACAGUUUGAUCCUAUGGGUAAAUAGCUCACAUUUUGGAGCACUUGUGGAGUGACCCAAUGGGAUCUGUUUCCCAGCGAUCACACGACAUCCAGGGAUUUGCACUUAAGACCUGACCCUAAUCUAUGCCCCAACUGGACCUUUUUUAGCCCAGCUGUAGGGUUAGUACUUUUUUGCAGCCAGACUACAGUGAUUCCACCAGUGAACAGAAGGGUUGCUUUAUGAGAGACCCCCCCCUCCUGCAAAGUGACCCUUUCCAAGUGUUAUUGGACAUGCGCUUUCCCCACCCUAAUUCCGAUUCAGGUUUUUCUUCUGUAAGUAUAGCAAGCAAAUGAUGAAUGUAAUCCCUAUGCAGAAGAGGAAGGCAGAAGCAGAGUCAGGUGAUUCUGUGGUUUUGAGGAGAAUGACAAUUUUUUGGGGGGGGGGAAAUAAGAGCCCCUCUCCCUGGCCAAAGGUGACUCGGUGUGACAGAAUGUUGAAACAUCAAAAGGAAAAGAAUGAGGUGGAAAUGGGGUGUCAAGAAAGAAAAGAAGAAAGGAGAAUCAUUUUGAGCCAAGCAUUUGUUCCACUUGACGGACACCCUUGACACCAGCACUGACCACAGAAUGCAGUGCUGGGAUUAGAAUCAAAGAGGAGCGGG